AGCCACGUGGGGAUGCGGGUAGCAGCCAGCGGGUCCCUCGCCCGCCAGCGCCGGUCUGACCUGGAGGCUCAGGGAGGAGCCGGGCGUCGCUUUCUUGGAGAAAGGAGAGUUCUCCUCCCUGGCGGGAGUUGCUGGAAGCGUUUAGGGGGCGUAUUGGGAGGCGGCCGCUGGCCAAUGAUCAGGAGCGCUGCUCUCAGCUGGCAGGCAUUUAAAUGGGAGACAGCGCGGUGCGCCUGCAAUUCGGAAGCGGGGCCCGAGCUUUCCUUGCCUCUCCUUCCGAUGGGCUCGAGGGACUGGGAGCAGAGCAGCAGCAGCAGCCCGCGCCGUCACCCCGCGCACUGAAGCGCCCCACGCCGGAAAGGAGCCGCGGAGCAGGACUCGCUCUCCGCCCACGCGCAGGUGAGGCGGCAGCGGAAAGGAUUUCGGGGCUUCCUUGGGAGACCUUGGGUUGCUUGACGCCGGAGUGAAGGAUGGCGACUGCCGCUCUGCUCCAGGCAGGCAGGAGGCGCUGGGUUGUAGCCCCCUGGAAGCAGGAGGGUUACUCGGGGCGUAAGUGAUGAGAGCCUUAGAAACUGCAGGUCAGUGUAUUCUGGGAAGAAUACCGACUCUGAUGGGGUAGGAUAACUUAAGUUAGAUUUAUGCCUGGCAUCGUGGAUAAAUUGCUUUCCUGGAUUUAAUCCAGGAAAGCCUGUCGAAUAUAUGCUACGAAAUACCGAAGCUCUUACCUUUCCCCGUAUCUGCGUAGCGCCUGACCGGAGGGAGGGGAGCCGCUGGAAUCCCCUAACUCCCACCCCACAUUUCUCAUCGCAGUUUUUUUUUGGGCGGCGGCGGGGGGGCGGGGACGGGACUUGGCUGGCUUUUGCCGCAAAUGGAACUACCGGUAGAACCAAUACCAUUUUCACACGUGAUUUAUAGCGCAGUUCUAUGCAUAUUUACUUGGAAGUAAGGGCCAUUAACUUAAAUGGGGUUUACGUCCCAGUUAGUAAACAUGGGGCUUCAGACCGAACAAGUUCUGUGUGCACCUGAAAUUCUAGUAUUGACUCCAUUCGUUGGGAUGCCAGCUAAACAUGGGGAUCCCUCAACCCUGCAGUAACAAUCUUAGCACUUGGUUGCUCGAGGAAACCUCCUUAAAAGUUCGUCGGAUUGCCAAGGACACUCCCACGGAAAAACAAGGCCCCCUCUUUCCAGGGUGCCCAGGAUGUGACCCAAGUCCGUCUCGUUCCCCAGUAAGCCUGUGCAGCCGCUCCUGCCUCUGCGCUUCCAAAGCGACCGUAACACCCCGCGGGUCGGUAUUCGCAACCGGCCCUCCCCUAGGCUUUCUUGGGCGCCCUGUGGUGCCACUGCCUAAUGGGAUAAUUUAAUCGAAAGCGCCGAAAAUUGCUCACAGCCGCGCGGCGGCCGGGAUGGGCGAAGAGGGCCGCGGAAAACUCCUUUUAAAAGGAUUGGCCCCUUGCAAGGGGGCGGGCGCUGGCUGACAAAACGGGCUGGGCCGGCGCCUCAAACGGGCCCUGCUGCGCGGAGGCGCCCUUAACAUGCAAGCCUACUCGGAAGUAACUCCCACUGACUUCAACGGGGCUUGUCCUCCGCGGUAGCCCCCCGCUCACUAGGGCCAGUGGGGUUAUUCCAGGUGCCAGCGGAAUUGGCGGGGUUGGAUUUGCGCAGCCCCGACGGCAAACGGGCGCGCACCGCGGCGUUUGCUCCGGUGACGACGGAAAGCCGUCGGUUCUCCCUUCCCGCGGGCGGCUCUUUCCCUGCCAAGGGCGGAGCCGCCGAGGGGAGGCGGGUGUCUCCUAAGACCCCGCCGCGUGACUUACUCAAAACCAAACAAAACGCUGGCGGAGGCGGUCGUUGGGCCCCGCGGGGCAACCCUGGAAACGGCCUGUCUUGGGCGAGGCUGAGCUGAGGGCGCUGCCCUCGCUUGGCGGGGAGAAAAAGAGGCGCCACCCAGCGCGCCGCCGGCCACCCUCUGCUGCGCCUCCCGCGCGGCGGCCUUCUGGGCGGCAAGACCAGAGGGAAACGCCGGGCAUCUCCGAGGGGGCGAGGCGUGGUUCUCUGUCCAGUGCAGCAGCCUUCGCCAACCUGGGGUGCUCCAGCUGCGUAGGACUACAACUCCCAUCAGCUCCCACUGGCUCUGGGUUGUCAAGAGGGAGGAGUUCAGUUUAAGCCUGGAGCAACACCCCAGGAAGCGUCGCGAUCAGGGCCGAAGAGUAGCCCCGUUUGAGCUCUUGUCAUUGACACGCUGAAACAUGUAGAUGUUAAUGGGGGAGAUAAAUCCAAAAAACGCAUUUCCUCCCUCCCCCCGUUGUAUAUUCCCUUCUCGUUGGUUAAACUUAUUUUAAGCUUCCCGUAAGAAAUGCCUCAGCCUUUCCCUAUGAAAGAUCUAUCUUCAAAUACUUUGUGCUGUAUGCCUUGGCUCAUGCUUCUGUACUUCCGAUAAGGGAAAUAACUUGGUCAGUGGUCAUGAAUGAUUGGAGUUGUAAUCUCAACAGGUUCCCCACCUCUGGUUUCUAGUCUGAGGGUGAACUGAGCAUUCCUCCUUGAUUUGUUUGCAGGGGAGUUAGAGAAUGUUGCAUCAAAUGUUAUCCCACACUUUGCGGGAUCCCCUCGUUUUUCCUUAUCUGAUUUGGGGUGCAAAGCAGGUUUGCUGUGCAAAAAUUGUGUAUCAGCUUAAAUUGCGCAACUUGCUUGAAUCUCACUGGAAGUGCCUUGACUCUGUCUAAUUCUCUGAUAACAGGGCUUUUAAGCAUUUGGUGAAGGCAACCUUAAAAUCUGAAAAAGUCCAUGCUGUAAGAAAUCUCCCUGCAGGCCCAGGAGCACUUGUAAUCUUCAAUAAAGUCUUCCUUUAGACUGAUUUAGAAACCUGAUCUUUUGAUAACAUUAGAAUCUCUGUCUGCAAUUCACAAACCACUGUCCCUCAGACAGCCACACACUUCUGUUAGAUCUGAAUCUGGAACCUGUGUGUUUCAGAUCACAGUCUGUUCUCUGUCUCUCUCUCCCCCCAAAAAACUCAUUCUUAAACUGUGAAACAUAUAUUUUUAGACCUCAGAAAAAUGACUGGCAGUCCCUACUUGCAAGGGAACAGACACUUGGAAUGCAGUUCUGGCCUUUUCAUCUCUAAAAAGAAAUUGCAAAGCUUCAGGACGAUGCAGAAAGGAGCAACUAAACUCCAUCUUUUCCUGCGAGAGGUUUAACAGUGUAGUCAUAUGUAUAUCUGCUCACAUCUACUUUCAAGUAAGUCCCAUUGCUUUCAGUGGGACUUGCUUCCUGGAAAGUGUACAUAGCAUUGCAGUCUAAAGGGCUUUAGUUUUUUAAAAAAGUGAGUAAGAUGGGGGCAGGCCACAAACAUGAUAUCUAAAGUAGCAAGUGGUGUGGAGUCAAUUCUCUUUCAAAUCACUUCACUUUGUGGCACCUAAGGAAGGUGAUGUCCUUGCCUUGCAUCACCAUUCAGUUGCCUACCCACUGCAUUUUGCAGUUCUUCAGUCAUCUGCUUGGAACUGAGAAGUUUUUACAACUUAGGUGGGGUCAUUUUCUGACAAUAAUGGCUGGAUUGAAUAUGAUGUUUCCAAAAUGGCUCUGAAGGAUUGGGGAUAACCCAUAGAAAUAUUGGGGUGGGUGUGGGGGCGAGUGGGAAGUGCCUUAGCCUUAGCACUAUGACGAACACAAGCCAUUGAGUUGAGUUGUUAGUGAAGUGAUCACUUUCACCUUUAAUCUUUUGUAUUCAUUGGUUACACAGAAGUAGUUCAAAAGCAGACAACACAGGACAGAAUUUUCAAUCUACUGUAUAAUCAUAUAUAAACACACACCAAACCUUUAAUUUAAAAGAAGAGUCCUUAACUGCCAAUGCUGUCUGCUAUGCCAACCCAAAAUAUGAGCUUUGUCCUGAAGGCUUUUAGGUAAUUGUUGCUAAUAGCAAUAUUGGUGUUCUUACUCCUCAUAGACCAUCUCGCUUUCAUUGUGAUUUCCUUUAGAGCUGUGGUCUAAUGAUGGAUUUAAAAUAGAGCCUUUACUCAAAAGUGCUCAGGUUUCAGCUAUUGAACUUAACAGAAGAGAGGUUGGUCUAGGUCAGUACUGAGCCCUUUGAAAGCCUACACCAAAAACUUUCUUCUGGAAAUGGGACGAAGGUAUGCAGGCUCUCCCCCCUAAAAUGUGUGCUUUGCUCUGUGAAUGUUCCUGAAAUAGGAAUAUACUUACUGUUUCCUAUUAUAUUUAUUUACUCUAGUAUUGCAAGCUAGAACUUUCAGGCAAGAACAUGGCUAUGUUUCUUGAGCAGGUUCAGUGUGCGUGUGUGGAAGUGUGUAAUGGAAUUGUUAGUCAUCAUUUGUAUGUUUGAAAUGACACUAAGUUGGAACACUCAAGUCUUUUAUACUGCCAACAUGUUCAGCUUCUAUUUCUUCAACCUCCAAGUACAUUGGCUUAGAAUCUACAUAGUAGUUAUGAGGUCUCCCUCAUUGAGUGUUGCUGCAAAAUUAUCACAGCAAACUUAAACAUAAUAUAAGUAUUUAAAUAAAAAUAAAUCUGUUAUCCAGCCCUAGAGUUAAAGAGUAGGGGAGGAAAAUUCUUGGUUCUGGAAAAUCCCUUGCUUCCAGAAAACCGGGUCAGAGCUGUUGCCUUUUCCAUCUGCAACUGAUCAGGAGAGGCCUUUUCGUCUCUCAGCGACAGAGAGGUGGGCUCUUGUUUUCUGACUGUAAAACGAGUCCUAUUGCAAAUGUACAAAAGUAAUAUAACUGAACUAGUUCAAAAACGAUGACACAGUUGUAAUCCAUGUUGCAUGAGCGAAAGGCAGCUGCCACAACUGAUGUUUUCCUCUCUCUUCAGUCCCCUGAGUGUGCCCACCCCCACUUCAGAAUCUUGAGGGUGACCUUCUGAGCAUUAUGGGAUGUCUUGUGUGGCUACUGUGGGAGGAGAGAAUUGCCGGAAGCAUGGAACUUUGUGUGAGCAGUACGAGAUUGUUUUGCCUAGUUUUAGGCCUUUUGCCCUCCUUCCACUACCACCUUAUAAGUCACAGUCCGCAGUGUUCAGUAAAUCUCUCCUGAGCCUCAGCAGGGACUUUUUAGGGACUACAGGUGGGAGGAGGGGAGGGAGAAAAUUGGUUUCCUGAGCCUACCAUCCCUUUGUACAACCCCUUGGGUACAACUCAGAAAAAUAAGUGCCAAGUAUACAAACUGAUACAACACACAGUAUGACAUAAACAAAUCAAAGAAUCAGAUAUGAUGUCACAGGUUGAUAAAGUGAUUUUCAAUAUAAUCAUAAGAGCAUACAACUAAUAGAAUUAUAUGAUGGGCAGCUGGCAAAAAUCUGUUCCAGCUAAGUCUUCAGAACUGCCAAUGUACUUUGAAAAUCCAAAUCUCUUAUGAGAACAUAACUAUCAAUGAAUUGCUUUGACCAUCCCUUUCACAAAGCUUCUAAUUACAUAUGGAAAACUCAGAUUCAUAAAUGGAUGAAUUUCACAUAGUAUUCCCUGACAGUCCUGUAACUCAUUGCAAUGCCUUCUACACAUGCAGGAUGCAGCUGUUAAGUGUCCUAACUGGUGUUGGGAUAUGCGCACAUAUUUAACCUGUUCUGUGCCAGUUUCUCUAUUUUCCUGCAUGCUUUUAACCUUGAAAGCCUUGCAUGGCCAGGUAUCCUCAUGCUGGAAGGACAGUCUCUGUCCAAAUACAAACCCGUUUUCCAGUUUAGGUCAAGUUAGCUGAUUCUGUAGCUUAUGUCAUAUACACGAUAUGUUCAGACAGUGGCAACUAGGAGCCAGGUUUUUCUGUUGGCAGUCACCUGUGAUAAAAUUGGCCCUUGCAUUUCCAGAUUUUACCUGAGGGAAAUUCCAUACAGGUUGGAAUCUCUCAAGUUGCUAGAUUUGAAAGAGGAGGGAUUUGCUUUACUCCCUGUCCCUUUUCUCCCAUUCCUGAGAGGAAGGUUGGUAUUUUCACUAGCUUUGGGAUAAGGGGUGAUGUGAUGCACUGUGUGCAGCUUUUUAGUUGAUGCCAUGUGAAAUAGAUAUAUUCUUUCUCCCCAGGAUGAGUCGCACAGUUUCUACAGUUGGUGUCCUCCUUCUGUUUGGACUUCUGCUACCCACCGCAGAGGGGAGCAAGAGGAACCGUGGAGCCCAGGGCGCCAUCCCCCCGCCUGACAAAGAUAAACCCAAUGAUUCGGAACAGCCGCAGCAGCCGCCGUCGCCACCGCAGCAGUCGGGCGCCAGGAUCCGUGGCAAGGACAGAAUCAAGCCUCCAUCUGCUGAAGAGGUGCUGGAGUCGAGCCAAGAGGCGCUGCACGUCACUGAGCGACAGUACCUGAAGCGGGACUGGUGCAAGACGCAUUCCCUGAAGCAAACCAUCCACGAGGAAGGCUGCCACAGCCACACCAUUAUCAACAAGUUCUGUUACGGGCAGUGCAAUUCCUUCUACAUCCCCAGGCAUAUCCACAGAGAGGAAGGCUCCUUCCAGUCCUGUUCCUUUUGCAAACCUAAGAAACUCACCACCAUGUCUGUCACACUGAACUGCCCGGAGCUUCAGCCCCCGAGGAAGAAAAAGAGGAUCACGCGAGUUAAAGAAUGUCGCUGUAUAUCCAUAGACUUGGAUUAGGAGGCACCACGAUGGGUGUUCCAGUUCUUGCCCUUGACUACAGACGCCCGAAACCCAAUCUGUCUGAAUGGGACACAAACAAUAGAGAACUGCAACAAAAACAAUGUAUGCGUAUCUGUGUGCAAGUGUGAAUGCCAAUACAUCAAUUACAAAAGCAUGCAUAUGGAAUAGCACCACUACUUGGAGUGCAAGUUGUCACCUAUUCCUAGGGUCAGUAUCUCACUAGUUCACCUGUGUGCUGGGGUUCCUGCGCUUCCAUUUUCCACCAGCAUCUGUGCCAAUGACUUGUGUACCUGUUGUUGCAAGUGAGAGCGUUGAUGUGCUCUAGGUCCAGUGUUAUUUCUUGGAACAAAAUGUCAACAGGGAUGCAGUAGUAGACUUACAGAAAUGCCCCUUGUAAAUGGUGUUCAGUCAAGGGUGCAAUUAUAAUUGGGAAUGAAUGUUCAGAAGCAGCUUUGUUUGGAUCGAAAAACACAGCCACUAGCAUUAGAAGACUUUUUAAAGAAGGUAAUGGGCAAGAGAAGGAAAAAAUGAGAAAGUACAAGAAUUAAGAGCAACAAGGGAAGGCAACGUGCAUAUUGACUCUACUGAUGCUUUGAAUGUACUUUAAAAACAUUUUUGAGUUAAGAAGUGAUUGUCUUGGGAUGCUGCAUUCUUUGACUAUAACUGUAGUGUUUAAUUCCAUCAUUAGCUUUUAGGUUUGCCGUAAUAAUUUGUCUAAAAUCUGUUAAUGUAUAUGUGUACACAUCUUUUCUAUCUCCAUUAUACUAUCAGGUAAUUCAGCUUAACACAGAAAGCACAAUUCUGCAGUGAUCGUUUGGGACUUCAAAUGCAAUAAGCAUACAAAGCUAUAUAUACUUCAGAGCUUCAAUGGGACCUGUGUGAUAGAUGCUGCUUAGUCUCUGGCCCGAAGGAUGUACUGCCUUGCCCAUUUACCUUGCAUUUAUCCAUAUUAUCUUUGAUUUUGGAUUUGCUAAACUUUAGGUGCUGUUGGGGGCUGGGCUGGGCGUGUGACAGAGUGCUCAGUCUUUCCUUCAGCAUUUACUGAAUAUAAGGGCCUUUUCUUUGAGCAGCUCUUGAACAGUCCAUUCAUGUAUAAACAUGUAGCAGUAAUAUAUGGUGAAUAUUGCCUUUUGUCAGAACAGAACAGCCUUGAGAGUGAAAAAUGGUUUUUAAGUGUAAAAUCCAUUAUGUAUUACUAUUACAUGGUUUGUAGCUGAAUUCAUCUUUGACCAGUUCCCCCUAUGUAUGAUAGGAUACCACCUCUCGUGCCUCCCCUUUGCUUUAUUUUUAUUUACAUAUACAGAUGUGGCCACCUCUGUUUCCAUCCCCAUUGUAAACCUCUGGCCUUUAUUUAUAUUGUUGAAGCCCCUGGACAGAUAGACUGGCUUUUGAAAGUAUGAACACAUUAACCAGCUGUCUAUCACAGUAGGCAAUUUGUGGUUCAUGCCACAAGGAGAGGACAGGUAUUUAUAGAAAUAAAACACUUACGUUAUUGGCAGGCUCCUCGUUGUUACAGACAAGUGUCUGCUUAAUAAGCAAAUGUAUUCAUAUAAGAAGCAUUCUGGCUCUUGACAUAUCACACAGUCCUCAAAUAUACCAUAAUAAAACAACCCAUAUUUAUAACCUAAAUUACCCAUUUAUCAUUUAGCUGUAUUGCUUCUUGUUCCAUCUUUAGAGGAUAAGUCAACAACUGUUUUUCUUCUUUUUAAAUGUUUCAUCUUGUUUUAGAGGCUAUAGCUGUAUCCUCUAGUUACUUAUUCCUCUAUUAAGUUGUAGUCCCUUGCAUAACAAUUAGGGGAUACCUCUUUCUAUAAAAACCCCCAGUUCACUGGGACCUUGACAAGCAUGAUCAUGCAUAGCCAGAUGCCUGUCAGCAUCCUUUCACAUGCAAAUGUUUUUUUACUGCCUUCAUCUAUACCAGUAACAGAUUGCAAACUUGCAUAUUAGCCAUAUCAGGAUCACCCACUGCAAUCUUUUUUAAUAGGUAUUAUCAUACAUUUAUUUCUGUGUAGAUCAUUUUUAAAAGCCUGAUUUCUGAGUUACAGGAGAAAAUUUCCACUGUGUGGAAUGUGAAUAGUUAAGCAGAAAGAUAUUUAAUGGUUUUGGCAUUUCCAUAUGAUCAGAGAGCUUUCCACUAACUACUUCUUAGAAGGUAUCAAGGUUAAAGCAUUCCCUUUGCCUUCUGAACUCUUGGGGACUUUAUGUUAAUUCUUGUUUCUCUUCCUAUAAUUCAUAUACAGCUCUCACCAAGCAAUAUAUAGUUCUGGCUUUUUAAAAGUUUUAACUUUCCAUACAGCACAUUUUUGAAGCAACAACUUGUAAAAGAAUUUAAGGUUUAUAGCAAGGUGGAGUUGGUUAUCUAAGAAAGAAUAAUAGAAGAUCCCUCUUCAGAAAAAUAUAUAUGUUGGUUUCAUAGGCAGGUCAUUUAUCAUUGAUUUUUCAGGUUUCAAGGAAACCAAAGAUGUAGCUGCAAAUGAUUUCAAAUCAAACCAUAUGUACUGUACUUAAAUCUGAAUUUUUCUUAUAAAACAAUGAAGAGGAACCCAAGCUGCUGUGUGUUCUGUAGAAUUUCACAAUGCAAAAGCUGUUUAAAAACAACUUUGAUUUUGUAACUUGCCAACAGUUUGUUCACUUGCUAUAAUAAACAUGUUUUUUAAAAAU